AUGAAAAAGAUUUUCAGUUUACACAGCAAGCGAACAGUGAAUCCACGUCGAACCUCCGUCCUCAGGUGGAAGAACAGCGGGGUCCAAGAAUCCGAUCCUAAUUCAGGAUACCUGAUUAGGGCCAAGGACGUGGAGAAGAUCCACAAAGCUGCCUCCACUGGGGAUGUGACGAAGGUGCAGCAGCUGCUGCUGCUGGGGAACUCAGGCGUGAACGAUCGAGAUGAAAUGAAUCGGACACCUCUACACCUGGCCUGUGCUAAUGGAUAUCCAGAUGUUGUGUCUCUCUUAGUAGAGAGAAACUGCGAUCUAAACCUGCUGGACAAUGAUAGUCUAACACCUUUAAUUAAGGCAGUACAGGGUCAACAUGAGGAGUGUGCUACUAUCCUGCUCCAACGUGGUGCAGACCUUAAUGUUGUGGACACCAUCAACAACACUGCACUUCAUUAUGCUGCCUUUGGACAGAACACAGCUAUAGCAGCAAAGCUGCUGAAACAUAACAUGGACAUUGAAGCAAAAAACAUGGAAGGCUUUACACCACUUGUGGUUGCAAUUACAGAAAGUAAUCUAGAUAUGGUAGAUUUUUUCUUAAAGAAUGGAGCAAAUGUGAAUGCCUCGGAUAACUCUAAAAGGACAGCCAUUAUGCAUGCUGCCAGUGGUGAACAAGUAGGCAUAGUCAGUCUUCUUCUUCAAUAUGAUGUUGAUCUCCGUUGCCAAGAUAAAUUUCAAUGGACAGCUUACCACUAUGCCAAACUCGGUUGUCGCCCUAU